AUGUCGGACUACGAGGACAACGAUGACAUGGACAUCGACGCUCCAUCGAAGCCAUCCAACGACAUCACCUUUUCCUCCAACAACACCGACUCGAAAGGCAAGCGCAGCGCAGCAAAUCUUCCCGUCGAGCUCGAAGACAAUCUGCCAUGGGUAGAGAAGUACAGACCGAACAGCCUCUCCGACGUCAGCGGCCACCAUGAUAUUCUUGCAACCAUCAACAAAUUCGUCGACACCAAUCGACUUCCUCAUCUCCUGCUUUAUGGCCCGCCCGGAACAGGAAAGACUUCCACAGCACUGGCAAUGGCGAGGAGAAUCUACGGCAACAAGAACAUGCGACAGAUGGUGCUGGAGCUCAAUGCCUCGGAUGACAGAGGUAUCGAUGUAGUGAGAGAGCAGAUCAAGACAUUCAGCAGCACCAAGCAGAUCUUCGCGGGAUCAUUCGAUAAGAGCAGCAACCAGAAUGACACCCUCGCGAGUUACAAGCUUAUUAUCCUGGACGAGGCGGAUGCCAUGACAAGCACUGCGCAGAUGGCGUUGAGACGGAUCAUGGAAAAGUACACAGCCAACACACGAUUCUGCAUUAUUGCAAACUAUACACACAAGCUCAGUCCGGCACUGCUGUCGCGAUGCACGCGAUUUCGAUUCUCGCCGCUGAAAGAUGCCGACAUUCGACAGCUGGUGGACAAGGUCAUCGCGGAAGAGGUCGUGAACAUUGCACCAGAAGCCACGGACAGUCUCGUCACACUUUCCAAGGGUGACAUGCGUCGUGCUUUGAACGUGCUUCAAGCAUGCCACGCAUCCUCGACACCUCUGCAUGUACCAGGUCAGCCGUUGAAAGAGAGCAAAGACGUCGAAAGAGACCUCAUCACGCAAGAGACAAUCUACGACUGCAUUGCUGCACCACAUCCUGGCGACAUUGCUACCAUCACACAGACACUUCUCACGACAGGAAACGUCGGUUCGUGUCUCAGCACCAUCAACACUCUCAAGAAGCAAAAAGGUCUUGCUCUGGCAGAUAUCCUCACAGCAAUGGGCGACCAGCUUACUGAGAUCGACGUGCCUGCACAGACAAGAGUCACAUGGCUGGAGGGUCUAGCGGAGAUUGAGUACCGUCUUAGUGGUGGAGGGAGUGAGAGUGUGCAGACUGGUGGCCUUGUCGGCGUCAUCAGGAACGGCGUUGGAAUCAUGGAGAAGGGCAAGGCUUAG